GUAUCUCUCAAUCUCUCAAGCUUCAAUUCAAGUGUGGUUUUUUCCAGCGCAAAAGUUCUUGGGUGCACGCUAGUAGUACUGACGACGGAUAUGGAUGUACCUCAACACGGUGAAGCUGCAAGUUGGUACGAGCAAGCCAUCGAGAUGUCGAAGCUUCUCUGAAUAUUCGAACGAGGUUGCGCAUCCAAGCAAGAAAAGCCACCUUUGGCCCCCGCAGCAAGCCCUACUACAGGGCUGCAUAAUGUGACGCCAAUGUCAGAAUAUCCGUUGCACCCAGCAAUACCGUUCACCGAUCAAGAUAAGCAUCGCUAACCACAUAGAACUCAUCUCAACCCUAUUGUAGCCCCUGCGUGCUCAAUAGUUGAGGGCUUUGGCCCCCAAUGGAAAACACGAUAUAUCGGUGUACAGAGGAGCUCUGAUUUUCUUCUUGGAUGAUGUAUGGAGAUGACGAAGACGGCGUUUUCCCCCCUCUUCUUCGCAAGUACAUCAAUGGCCAGCCUUAUUAGUAUAGGCUCAUCUCGUCUCACGCCGUUUGCGGAUUCAGGUGAAUGGUGUACCAGAUGAUCUCUUUAUAUAUUCAUCUCUUUUAUCCUAUGAUUUUGGUUGGGAGGCAAGAUUGGAAAGUUUUCGCGAAUGUGAGCAUGAUAUCGACGUUGUCUCUUAAUAUGUCUACACAAACUCAAGCGCAACAUUGUAGGGAGUACAUGCAGCCUAUCCUCAUCAAUAUCCAGGAAACAUCAGCUCUUCCGAAACACAUAGUCAAACUAGUCAAAAACAAGCCGAAAACGAGUGAAGAGAGUGGUUCUGGAGUCAAUGGACAGAGAAUAAGCCAAGAGCCUUUUCAAGGCAUGAGCUACAUAUUGAGCAGCUCAAUUACUCUACGCGCAGGAUGCUUUAUCGUGUUACUGGCCCUCUACGAUUGUUACUUGCUUUUAAUCGCCCUGAUUGUCAGACAUUUUGCAAAAGAGCCCAGCAAAACUGCCUUUGAUAUUUCACGCCGGCCUCCUUUUCGUCCCGGAACAGGCUCUAGUCGCCGUGAACAUCCAUUCGGUGUUGGAUGAUUUCUUGAGUGGCCAGGAGGUCAACGCCCUCUUAAUUCGACAUGGCCAUGGUCCGGAGUGAAACUUUCAAUCUUGGUACUGUGGGGUGUGUGCUGGAUGUUUUAUAUGCGAAUGCA